AUGGCCAAGGGUGAAGUUAACCAGGCGGACAAGUCCUUCAUGGGCAUGCCCGGAUUCGUCGUCGACUUCCUGAUGGGUGGUGUCUCUGCCGCUGUCUCCAAGACCGCCGCUGCCCCCAUCGAGCGUGUUAAGCUGCUCAUCCAGAACCAGGAUGAGAUGCUCAAGCAGGGUCGUCUUGACCGCAAGUACGCCGGUAUUGUCGACUGCUUCAAGCGUACCUCCGCUUCCGAGGGUGUCAUGUCCUUGUGGCGUGGUAACACUGCCAACGUCAUCCGUUACUUCCCCACCCAGGCCCUGAACUUCGCUUUCCGUGAUACAUACAAGUCCAUGUUCGCCUACAAGAAGGACCGUGAUGGCUACGCCAAGUGGAUGAUGGGUAACCUUGCCUCCGGUGGUGCUGCUGGUGCCACCUCCCUGCUCUUCGUCUACUCCCUCGACUACGCCCGUACCCGUCUUGCCAACGAUGCCAAGUCUGCCAAGGGCAGUGGUGAGCGCCAGUUCAACGGUCUCGUUGACGUCUACCGCAAGACCCUCGCCACUGACGGUAUUGCCGGUCUCUACCGUGGUUUCGGUCCCUCCGUCCUUGGAAUUGUUGUCUACCGUGGUCUGUACUUCGGCAUGUACGACUCCAUCAAGCCCGUUCUCCUGGUUGGUCCUCUUGAGGGCUCUUUCCUCGCUUCCUUCCUGCUCGGCUGGACUGUUACCACUGCUGCCGGUGUUGCUUCUUACCCUCUUGACACUGUCCGCCGUCGUAUGAUGAUGACCUCCGGUGAGGCCGUCAAGUACAAGUCCUCCAUGGAUGCUGCCCGCCAGAUUGUCGCCCAGGAGGGUGUUAAGUCCCUCUUCAAGGGUGCCGGUGCCAACAUCCUCCGUGGUGUUGCCGGUGCUGGUGUCCUGUCCAUCUACGAUCAGGUCCAGCUCCUCAUGUUCGGCAAGAAGUUCAAAUAG